UCAUGCUCGAUUUGUUUUCCUGGUCCUGUGCUGGCUGUUAGGACACAUCGCUCCUCCCUUCUCCCUCGCUGCAUUGGCGGCUGCCUGCAGUUGCAGCGUGCAGAUAAACGUGGACCCCCGCAAGCUCCGUCCCGUGCGACGGCCGCGGUCCGGAAUUCCACCUGCAACUCGCUCCAAGCCGUCCUGAGCGCAGUGGCCGAGGCGUCCGGAUUCGCUGGCGACGACUGCAUAGCUGUCCGACUGUUGCCAGGGACACACACGGUGACACAGAGCGUCACGAUCACCCAAAACCUCGUUUUAUGGGGAUCCAGUUCUGCUGCUACUGCCCCUCCCCCCUCUCCCUCUUCCUCUCCCAACGAUGCCACUACGACUGGCCAGCUGCCCGGAACAACUCCUGAGAUGAAUAACUAUGACACAAAGAUCGUAUUUAACUCCUCUCGUGACUCGUUCGAUGCCCCGUUCUACGUCCUGUCGUUUGUGGGCGGAGCCUGGUUGUCGAUGGCAACACUUGAAUUGACAGGAAGUCCCAGAGGAGUUGAAAUUGUUAAUGAAGCAGUCGAUGUCUACAACAGCCGCUCCGUUGCCAUAGCUAAUUGCCACUUCUUUCACAAUGGACCGGUGGGUGUGGUCAAAACCAAUGAGCUCAGAGGUCAUGCAGCUGGCUUGUCUCUGGGCUACUCCAUCACAGCAGAUGAGGAAGAAAAUCUGACAGCCAUUGUUGAAAGCUGCGUCUUUUACAACAACUCAGCUCUGCUGGCUGACUCAUCAACGUCUGAAGCACUAAAUGACAGGGUUUUCCCCGGUAGAGGUGGUGGCUUGGCGGUCCUCGUCGACUCUGUCACCACGGUUACCGUGGACGUUAUAAAUUGCAGCUUUUUCAACAAUUUCGCCACGGAAUUUGGAGGCGGAGCUUUUACUGAACUCUGCACCCUAUCCUCGUCCUCCAAUCACCUGAUUACAUUCCAGACAUGUGUCUUUGAUGAAAAUGGGUCCGAGACCCAUGCCGGUGGACUGGGGAUUGAGAUUUCCGGGAAUGGGAAUGGGACAGAGUCGAGUGGUGUCGUAAUCCGAGACUGCGUGUUCCGGGGCAACACUGCAGAGUGUGGUGGAGGGUCUUACCUAUUGUUUACAACAGAGGAAUUUGAAAAAGGAGGAAGUGAUGUCACGUUUCAGAGAUGUCUGUUUGAUAGUAACAUGGCAACGGAGGUGGGCGCGGCUUUGGGAGUCGUGUCUUAUCGUUUCUUUGGCAACAAAGAGGCAACUGUGCCGGUGCAAGUAGCUGAUUGUACAUUCCUCAAACACCGAGUGUCAAGAGGAGGUGCUGUGGCAGCUGCGUUCUUCCCUCUCGCCUUCUCCGGACUCAACAUCUUCGAGGACAACCGUGGACCCAGUCUGGUGGUGGCUGGUGGUGUACUGAAGGUGUCUGGGGAGCUCCGUUUCCUAGGAAACAAUCUGAUGGGAUUGGGCGGAGGAACGCUGUACAUGUUGUCUCAGGGACAGCUGGUGGUGGGGGCGGGGUCCAGGAUACUCUUCCAUGCUAUCAGCGAGUGUGACGAGAGGGAUGUACUGGGUGCGGCUACAGUGGUGGAGUCCCUCCACAUACCCAGUGUCUUCCUGGGUCUCCUCCACAACAAGCUGUGUUUCCUCCGCCACGAAGACCCCACCCUCUCUCCCCUGGACUGGCACCUUCUCAACGUGUCGGCGUUUGCAGGUGAUGAUGUCAUUCUGGGGGUGGAGUCUCGAGACGAGCUCGGGGAGGACACCCCUGUAAUCAUGCGUCUCUCUGUGGACACCAUGGGUAUGGAGCAGUUCAAGUUCUCUCCCUCCACCAUUAACUACGACAGACUGGAGGAGAAGGAAAUCAGAACCUCGUUUCUCCAGCUGUCUGAAGGGGGCGGAGACUCCAGUGAUAACAUCACCGUGGAAACGCUCCUCACGGAUUUCAAGAGGGACAGUUUCUCGUUGACCUCUGACCUGUGCCCGGCAGGCUACACCCUAUCACCUCACUCGACUCUCACUGAUUUCUCAGAUGGACUGUGGGGGUUUGUAGAUAGGAGUAAGGAAGGGGAGGAGGGGGAUCCCCUUGAGACGUACCCCUGUCCCUCCGGGCACUGCCGAUGUCAGCUGAGGUCAGAGGGCAGCGCGGCGCAGUGUCGGUUCACCGUCGACGACAGAAACUUUGACGACCAGUGCGUCGGUGGAAUUGAGAAGGAGGAUGUGAGGAGUGGUAGUACCUCUAAUAGGGACACCUUCGGCGACAUCGAACGCGUUACGGAUAGGAGGCCCUCGUUUAGUAUAGUGUCUUCACGGUAUAUCAAUCUCCGUCUCCUCACAGGAGUCCUAUGUGGGUCGUGCAGGGAAGGAAAAGGAGUGACUGUUCUGAGAAAGAAAUGUGCCACUUGUCAUAAUGGAUUCACUGGACUGGUUGUUGGACUGGGUGAGAGAGCAUUAGGAUGGAGUCAUCCUUGCGACAUUAAAGAUUAUUCUCGUUCGUUCCUGCGAGCUGUGUGUGAUGCGGUCGUCAUGGUGAUAAUGUUACUGCUGAUGGUACCAGUGUCCGGGGCCUUACUGCCUGUCAUCUUCCAUAUCCAGAUACUGCCAUAUCUAACAGAACACUUUCCUGUCACAUUCGAGAAAGUGCAACCAUUUAUGCUAUAUGUCAGCAGUGCCAUAAGUCUCUUCUUUCCCUACGACUUCUGCGUCUCUGAGAACAUGAGAGUGACGCGGCACCCUGCCCCAGCACACGGGCUGGCCUGGAUCGUCUUACUCCUCUUCACCCCUCUUCUCCACACCGCCCUCACCUCCCUCCACUGCCCCACCAUCAGAGCUGCCCAAGACACCGGCAAACCUGGACCCACACUGAAAUCAGCAGUGUGGUAUCUGUCAGGAGACCAGCAGUGCUUCGCUGGAGACCACAUUCCACUGAGUGUGGUCUCACUGCUCGUCCUCCUCCUCCUCCUGGCCACCAUACCCACCGUUGUCCUCCUCUCUCGUCACCAGAUUAAGAGUUCUCGGAUGUCCAGCCAUCUGCUGGUGGCUCCGUUCUCUCACAUGUACCGGAGCCGAUGGGUCUGGUGGGGCGGAGUCGAACUGGCUCGCAGAGUUCUCGUGGUUCUGUUUAUCGUCGCCUUCCCUGGCAACAACUAUCCAGUGUACUUUGUGCUGGCAGUACUUGUGACAGUACAGGCCUAUGUACAGCCGUACAGGAGAAUGUUCUGGAACUUUCUGGAGCUAGUUCUCUCUGUGAAUGUGAUGGUACUUCUGCUACUCAGGAACACUACCUCCAUCGAGGCUGCUCUGCAGACCUACCCUGCAGGAGACCGGGACACCAGUGGCUCAUCAUCAAAUGGAGGAGGAGGAGGAGGAGGAGGAGGAGGGAGCAGUGAGGAGUGCACAGAUGAAGUGGAUGGCAUCACUCCGUUUGUGAUUCUGUUAUCAGUUCUCUACUAUCUCCCUCUCCUGCUGUCUGCAGUUGUGGCAGUGCACUGGCUGGGGAACUUAGUUAGGUCAUCUUCCAUCAUCUCUCAACUGAAGCAGGCCCUCCAUUCUCCAACCAAACGGCCACCAGAACUAUCUCUCUCUAGUCUAGAGGGACCUCGACCCCUCAGAGCACCCACCACAACUACUGUUGAUCUUGACCAGUUGCCUCUUGAAGACAGUCUCUUUUCAUCUUCUCUCAAAGAGGGAGGAGGGGGAAAUGGAGAACGGGUGACACGGGGGAGCACCAAAUUUCAUCGGUGGGGAUCACGAACAAGUAAAUCUAAAGAUUAGAGCAACUCAAAUUUGAGUAACUAUUUUAUUCACAUUAUUAUACAUGGAAAGUAUUAUUUUCAUGUUUCUAUUAUCAUCUGUCUAUCAUCUCUCAAAUGUAAAAUCAAUGAUGAAGUUGUUAAGCUAG